AGCUUAGAGCUGACAAAAGCGAUCUGUCUCAGUAGACACAAUAUAGAUAUUGUCUUUUUCUUCACAUCCAGGUUGUGUCUUGGAUGGACAAUACUGGCGUGCACUACGUUAUCUUGUUGUGAAUCAACCCCCCAUCGGUGCCAAGGAUUUGAUCUCACCGUGGACGUUACCACCACCGCACGGCAGAGAGGGGAAAGUGGGACUUUAUUGUUCAAGGCUAGCUAGCUAGCUUUGCAAAGCGGCUUGUUUGUGUGUAUAUCGUGGAUCGCAGGCUAUAUGGCUGCGAAUUACGAGCCAAUAUACGGGCUUUCAGAAGAUGAGCAUGAAACGCGAGUGCUGCGGGUUAAGGUCAUCGCAGGAAUUGAUCUGGCAAAGAAAGACAUCAUCGGUGCCAGCGAUCCUUACGUCAAGCUUUCCCUCUAUGUUGCGGAUGAAAACAAAGAGCUUGCUUUAGUCCAAACAAAAACGAUUAAAAAGACUCUCAACCCUAAAUGGAACGAGGAAUUCUACUUCAGGGUGUGCCCUCAGAACCACAGACUACUCUUUGAGGUGUUUGAUGAAAACCGAUUGUUUAAUGUAGAAAGGAAAAUUGUGGAAGAGUCUCGGAGAGGGCUGGAAGGGAAGGGGUGGGGGGUUGUGGAAGAAAAAAGGGGAUCAGUCAUCCAGCCAGCCAAAGGAGAAGUGGGCGACUGGAGGAGAGGAGAACCAACAGGCAGUGGGAGAGAAAGUUAG